UCCCGGAAAAGAGAUCCACAGCUGCGGCAGGUGGGCUCUUACCCGCCAGGUGCCUGUAAUAAUUUAAAACAACCAGAAGUGAAACUUAAGAUGUUAUCAAGACAACGUUUCGAGGAAUAAACCAGCCUUGAAGCGGACGAUGCAUCACCGCAGCCACAUCUGUGUUGUUCUGUUGAGCUUGUACUAUUGUGGAUGUCUCCCAGGUGUGUCCGCGUGCAAACAAGAGCCAGAGACUCCCGACUGGAGGAUGACUCUGAAAACAAUCCGUAACGGAAUACACAAGAUUGACACGUACCUGAACGCAGCACUGGACUUGUUUGGUGGCGAUGACGGGCUGUGUCAUUAUAAGUGUAGUGAUGGUUACAAGCCGGCACCUCGUCCCGGAUACAAGAACCCACCACCCAACGGAUGUGGCUCUCCCCUGUUUGGAUUUCAGUUUGACAUUGGAAUCCCAUCCAUGACCAAAUGUUGUAACCAGCACGACCGCUGCUAUGACACCUGCGGCCGCGAGAAGCACGACUGCGAUGAGCAGUUCCAGGACUGUCUUGAGACCAUCUGCAGGAAUGUGCAAAGAACUCUGGGAUUGGCCCAGAGUGUCCAAGCUUGUGAGUCAGCAGUGACUCUACUGUUUGACGCCGUUAUGCACAUGGGAUGUAAGCCGUACCUGGACAGCCAGAGAGAGUCUUGUGUGUGUCAGUAUGAACUGAAGAAGGAACUGUGACGUGGCCACAGGAUCAAGACUGGAAAGGACCGAUUCAAUGCACAACACUGACAGAAGGAUGCCAGCAAUAAAGUUUUCCUUCAGUUUUGCUCAGGGAUAGAGCGUCUUUGGCCUGUCUUGUGUCCAUCGCCUCCCUUUUAUUGGAGUUUAGAAAUGUAGACAUCUAUUAGACAAGGUGAAUGUGAAAAAUACCUAGUGAAUUUUUAAUAUCUAUAUGUAUGCAGUUAAGAAUUUAUAUUUUGUUAAUAUGGUGUAACGUGUUUGUCAAUUGAUGGAUUGAAUACAGGGUGGUCAGAGUUUCCCUGGCUUUUAGGGUAGCAACCAACACUUUAUGGGUUAGUAAAUCCCCAAAGAAGGUUUGUGGUAAAAAGAUAACAUUAUGUAAUUUGGCACUUUAUUAUUGUUAAAACAGAGCAAUGUUAAUUGAGCUGUUCUUAGAAAGAAGUUCCUGUGGAGAACAGCUUUUCAACUCGGCACAACAAACUAAACAGACUAAAUUAACAGUUUCAGACCUGUUGUCAUUAUUUUCCUUGUAAUAAACACCAAAUUGAUUUAGUUCCAGAAAAAUGUUCAAUAAAUAAUUGAACGCAUAAUAUUGUUAAAUAAAACAUUACUGGGCAGUCCCCUCUCCAAUAACUCAUAUAGGAACAUGUGAUGAAUAAUAAGUCAAUACUGUCUGUCUUUUAGAACAUGUGUAAAAUGUUUCUCACAUGAUGGAGAAUGCACCUGUGCACUCAACUGAUGCCAAUGUGAUAACACUGUGGAUUCAAUUUGUGUUAAACUGUCAUAAAUAUAAAGAAACAUGCUUCUAU